AUGCCGGUGCCUAUCGGCAAUCCCGGGGACCUGCUGUACACAUGCAUUCUCAAGAACGCGUGGGGUGCGGAGGUGUCUCCGCUGCACGACGUACCCCUAUUCUCCUCUUCCGCCAGUUUCCACUUCGUCUGCCUCUGUCCACGUGGCUCAACCUACGACAUGGCCAUUUCGUUGACCGAGCGUCUCAGCCCGUUAAAGUCCCGCCUCGUUAACAGAAACCUAUCGCGCCUGUCAGAGCCAUCUCCAUGGCACUUCGGCUUGCUGCCGCAGACGUUAGCGAACGAGGAAUUUCCAUCGGAAGUUGCCGGCUUGUCGAACGACAACCAGCCGCUCGAUGCGAUCGAAUUAGGGUUCGGCGUGCGACAGGUGGGCGACGUGUACGAGGUGCGGCCCAUUGGCGCGUUUGGGCUCGUCGAUCCGCUCACCAGGGCGCUUUCGUGGAAGGUUCUGGUGGUGGCGUGGGACGACCCGCUGUUCGGGCGCGCGACGGGUCUGGACGACGUGGAGUCGCUGUUCCCGGGGGUCACGGAUCGCUUGCGCACAUGGCUCGCGCGCUACCGCACGAGGCCGGGAAGAGCCCCCAAGGCGCAGGCGGUGUUUGCGCAGGGCGGGCGGCCGGCGUCCUCCGACACGGUGAUGCGCGUGGUGGCGGAGGCGAACGCGUGCUGGCAGCUCUUCAAGGCCACGCGCUGGCCCGACGCGCCCUCCCCCCCCGCUGCUGCCGCUGCGCCCACCUACGACCACCAGCAGCCGCAGCAGCAGCAGUGGGAAGGGGAAGUGCGGGUGGGCGCAGGCGGAGUGGCGUCGAGUCGCAGGCGGCGCAGCAGCCGCGGUAGCAGCGUGAGCAGUGGCGCUGGGAGCGGGGGUGGGGACAGCGGAAGCGUGGUGGAGUGGGGCGGGGGAGCGCAGGUGCUGCGGAUAGAGGGGGCGGCGGAGGGCGAAAGAGAGGCGUACGCGGGAGCGGAGAAACGCGGGAUGGAGAGGGGCGCAGGACUGGACGGGUGGAGGGGCAGGGGGAGUGGCACGGCGCAAGCAGGGCCAGCUGCUGAUGCUGAUGCUUGUGCGCCUCACAGCGUUGACUCGCGCGACUUGCUUGACCGUCAGUUUGAACGGCUGAUGCAACCUGAUUUGUCGGACGCUGCACGCGCUGACAGCUUCGCCUUCCAUGACGUCAGCUGUAGCUCCCCCCCUGAGUGUUCUUAUAGCGAAAGCCCGCCUCGGUUACUGCAAUCCAGGAGCGAACCGGGGCCUGCUUAUAUCGGGGACGAGCAUGAGCAUGAGCAUGAGGAUGAGGAUGACGAUGAGCAUGAGCAUAGGCACCGCCCGUUUGAACAACGCCACCAUCCCUAUGAGGAAUACUCGUUUCACGAGCACUCGUUAGUGGAUCACUCGAUAGACAGCUCGCUGGAAGGAGGAGCCGUGCAGCGGCGGGCACUGGGAGGCGAAGUGGGUUGGGACAGCCCCGACAGAACCGCCGCCUGGGGCGCGCAUGACGCCCGCGCGCACGCCGCGGAAGGGAGGGGGGUCUGGGAUGGGGUGAGAGGGGGGGAGGAUGUGCGGGGUGGAGUGGAGGGGGGAGGGGCGCGGGAUUGGCGGGGGGCGCACGGGGAGGAGCGGCUGGAGGAUGGGUUGGUGGGCGGCGCGAGAGAGCUUAGCUUCGCACGGGGCUUGGCGCGUGACGACGGGGGCUGCGACGACGGGCGACGCGGGAGUGAGUGGCGCGGGGCGGAGCGAUUUCUGGGUGGCCAGGCGGAAGCGGAGCUGGAUGGGGGGACGUUUGAGAGUGGUUCAGGUGGGUUCGGGGUGCAGAUGGCGUGGGACGAGAGGGGCGCGGGGGAGGGGGGCGCGGGGAGUGUGUACCAUUCUGAUGGGUACGCGCGCGGUUAUACCACCUCCGACGCUGAUACUAGCGCGUGGGAGGGGCGCGAGGGGGACGACGGGGACGAGGAGGAGGAGGAAGAAGAGGAGGAGGAAAGUGAGGAGGGAGAGGAGGAAGAGGGGGAGGAUGGGAUGUCGGUGAUGGAGAGGAGUGUGGAUGGGGAGGAGGAUAGGGGAGAGAGUGGCGCGGAGGAGAGUGCGGAGGGAAGUGAGGGGAGGGAGGAGGAGAGUGAGGAGGAGAGUGAGGAGGAGAGUGAGGAGGGGAGGGAGGAGGGGAGGGAGGAAGGGAGGGAGGAGAGCAAUGGGGAUGAGGGGUACAGGGAGGAGCAUGGGCAGGAGAGCGUAUGGAUGGGCCGCGCGCGAGACGGGAUCGUGGAUGAGGCUGGCAUGGGUGGCAGCAUGGGUGGCAGGAUGAGUGGCAGCAUGGGUGGCAGCAUGAGUGGCAGCAUGGGUGGCAGCAUGGGUGGCAGCAUGGGUGGCAGCAUGAGUGACAGCAUGGGUGGCAGCAUGAGUGGCAGCAUGACUGGUGAGGUGGGCAGGGAUUUUGGUGGUUUGGGGCAGCAACAGUACUGGCAACAGAGACAGCAACAACAACAACAACAACAACAACAGCAACAGGAGCAGCAGCAGCAGCAACAGGAGCAGCAGCAGCAGCAACAGCAACUGCAGCAGCAGCAACAACAGCAGCAGCAGCAGUAUCAGCAACAGCAACAGCAACAGCAGCAGCAACAGCUGCAGCAACUGCAGCAGCAGCAACAACAGCAGCAGCAGCAGUAUCAGCAACAGCAACAGCAACAGCAGCAGCAACAGCUGCAGCAGCAGCAGCAGCAGCAGCAGCAGCAGCAGCAGCAGCAGCAGCAGCAGCAGCAGCAGCAGCAGCAGCAGCAGCAGCAGCAGCAGCAGCAGCAGCAGCAGCAGCAGCAGCAGCAGCAGCAGCAGCAGCAGCAGCAGCAGCAGCAGCAGCAGCAGCAGCAGCAGCAGCAGCAGCAGCAGCAGCAGCAGCAGCAGCAGCAGCAGCAGCAGCAGCAGCAGCAGCAGCAGCAGCAGCAGCAGCAGCAGCAGCAGCAGCAGCAGCAGCAGCAGCAGCAGCAGCAGCAGCAGCAGCAGCAGCAGCAGCAGCAGCAGCAGCAGCAGCAGCAGCAGCAGCAGCAGCAGCAGCAGCAGCAGCAGCAGCAGCAGCAGCAGCAGCAGCAGCAGCAGCAGCAGCAGCAGCAGCAGCAGCAGCAGCAGCAGCAGCAGCAGCAGCAGCAGCAGCAGCAGCAGCAGCAGCAGCAGCAGCAGCAGCAGCAGCAGCAGCAGCAGCAGCAGCAGCAGCAGCAGCAGCAGCAGCAGCAGCAGCAGCAGCAGCAGCAGCAGCAGCAGCAGCAGCAGCAGCAGCAGCAGCAGCAGCAGCAGCAGCAGCAGCAGCAGCAGCAGCAGCAGCAGCAGCUACAGCAGCAGCAGCAGCAGCAGCUGCCUGCGUCCCUGUCUUUGCUCCGCUCUCUCUCCCUCACCAACAGCCGCCCCCCCCUCAACCACCCCCCGCACGCCCCCUGCUCCUCCGUCUCCUCCAGCCCCGCGCACACCCCCCGCGCCCACCACCCUCUCGCCGCCAGCGCCGCCAGCAGCCCCACUGCCGCGCACCCUCCGCUCCCCUCCGCGCUGCACCCGCCCUUCAGCCACGCGCCCGCCCACGCGUCUGACCGCCGCCGCUCCUUCCCCCUCCACGCGCACCGCCACUCGCUCUCCCACAUGCACCACAUGCGCCUGCCGCCACACCAGCGCCAGCAGGCGCAGCAGAGGGCGCAGGCGGGGGUGGGCGCGGAGCGGCAGAUGCACAGGCAGGGCGCAUUAGAUGAUGGCGCCAUGGCUGGCGGGGAUGGGCGCAUGGAGCAGAACGGCCAAGCAGGGGCGGAGGGCGGUGUGGCGGGCGCAGGGGGCGCAGGGGGGGCUGGGGGCGGAAGGUUGUUCCGCAAGGCCAACUCCAGCUCCCCCCGCACGCUCAACCGCCCCUCCUCCGCCUCCAGCAGCCCGGGUAACGCGCCUGCGCGCCCCUCGGGGCAGGGGGGCGCGGCGCUGGAGCGCCCACUGGCGCCGCUGAGAAGAGACGCGGCGGCGCUCAUCCCGGGGCUGCUGAGGGCGCGCGGGGGGAACGCGCAGGGGCGCAUCAUGCGAUCCCAGUCGCUCUGCCAGGGCGCGUUUGGGGACGUGCUGGGCGGCCAGAGCAGCGGAUCGCCAGGGGACCCCUCUCAGUCUGCUGCACCUGGUGGCGGUGGGGCGUUGGGUGGUGUGGCGGAUGGUGGCGCGAUGGUGCUUGAGCGGUCCAUGUCCUUCACAUCCGCGGAUGGGGCAGGGGGGGUGCCGCAGUGGGCACAAUCCCAGGUCUCAAUCUCGAUACUAUCACAAUCCCUAGCCUCCAUCCCGCUACAGUCACAGCGCCUCCCUCCUGCACGUUCGUCCCUCUCUCCAUCCCGUGACCUCUCCUCCCCUCGCGAGCCCUCUCUUGUCCCCCGCUCCUCCUCCUCCUCCUCCUCCGCCUCCUCUCGCCCUCUCAGGCCGCCUGUCCCCCCGCCAGCUCCCGCCCUCCCCCCUGCCUGCGCCUCCUCCCCGCCCCUGCGCCCCUCGCGCAGAAUGCAGCGCCGCCACACCCUCCCCCCGCGCGUGCUCGAUGCUACCCCUGGGGGAGGGGUGGCAGGGGGAGGAAAAGGGGGCGGGGCGGAGGGUGAGCAGCAGGGGGAGUCUGAGCGUGGGGGCGGCAGUUGGGGGGAUCGGACAGGGGGAGGAGAGGGCGAGGAGGAGGACGAGUUUGUGAGGGCGGCAGCAGCAGUGUCAGGGGUGGAGGUGCUGGUGCUGGGGAGGGCAGCGCGGGGCACAGGCAUGAGCGGUCCAGAUGCAGUGAAUGUGGACCGCCUGAGACCCGUGCAGCAGCAGCAGCAACAGCAGCCGCCGCCGCCACCACCACCACCACCACUGCCGCCACAGCAGCAGCAGCAGGCACCGGCACAACGACAGCCACAGGCACCGGCACAGCAAGCGCAGCAGCAGCAGGGGGCACGAGGGCAGGACGCGCGGAGGCAGCAGGGCAUGGCGGGCGGGAGGGAGGCAGGAGCUAGGCCCCCGCGCAUGGUGCGGCAUGGCAGGAGCGGCAGCCUGGCAGACGUGAGCAGCAUGGCGCUGGGCGGCAUGGGCGGCAUGGGCAUGGGCAUGGGGGUGGGCAUGGGGGUGGGGGUGGGGAUGGGGAUGGGGAUGGGGACGGGGGUGGGGAUGGGGAUGGGGAUGGGGGUGGGGAUGGGGGGAGCAGCAGAGAUCAGCAGCCGGGGGAUGGGUAUGAUGGGGACAGGAGGUAGAGGCGGAAUCGGGGUAAUUGGGGGAGGAAUGGGCAACAGCAGCGCAGCAGCAGGCGGUAUGAGGCAGAGCGUUCUGUUGAAUCCACAGGCGCAGCCACAACCAUCCUCCUCCCUGGCUCCUCGCAGCCUGGACCCCUUUCCUUCCGCGGUCGCAAGCAAUGCGGUGCAGAUGGGUGCCAGGGCAGCUGCUGCGCCCCGCCUGCCCUCCCCCACUUCUGCCGCUGCUGCUGCACCUCCUGCUGCGCCCGUCGCCCCUGCCUCUGCCGCCACGGCACCCCCCACAGGCGCCCCUCGCAUGCUGCAGCAGCGGUUGCUGCCACAGGGGCAGGGGCGGGGGCAAGAAGGGGGAGGUGGGCGGGGACGGGGGCGGGGGCGGGGGCAGGGGCCGGAUGGGGGAAGGGGGCGGGGGCGGGGGGGUGACCGACAGACAGGUGAUGGUUGGUGCGGGCAAGCAGCAGGUGUGGAAGGAGGAGGGGGAGGGGAAGGAAGAGGUGGAGGAGGGGGAGGAGCAUCAGGGGCAGCAGUAGCGGCGGCAGCAGCGGAAGGCGAGGAGGCGGGCAUUGUGUUUCAGCGCUCCAUCAGUCUGUCGGCGCGCCUCUUUGCCGACAAGGAUGCCAUGGCUGCCCCCCUUGGAGGCCCCGUGGGAACUGGCACGGGAGCAGGUGUGGGAGGGGCGGAGGGGCGGGGAGGCGCCGGGCGGGAGGGUGAGGCUGGGGGGGCGCCCAGAGCGCUGGCAGAGGGUGUGCGAUCAGAAGGAAGAGGGCCAGGGCGGUUGGGUGCGGUGCCAGGCGGUGGUGGCAGGGGGCGGGGCCGCGCGGCCGCCGCCUCUCCCAUGCGCCCUCGGCCCCCCUCGGGCUCACCCCCCUCUGCGCGCCCUGCGCUCUCUCAUGUGCGCCAUCCCUCCUACAUCUGGCCCCAUGUGCACUCCGCGCCUCCCGCUCCCGCAGGGAGCACGGCAGAUGCUGCUGCUGCUGCUGGCCGCCGUGCUGCUGCUGCUGCUGGUGCUGCUGCUUCAGCUGCAGCUUCCGAUGUAUCGGCCGCUGCCGCUCAUGCUCCGUCUGCUGCACCAGCUGCCACUGGUGCUCGCACUGGUGGCGGUGCUGCCGGUGCUGCCCGUGCGGAUGGUGCUGGCAGUACUGGUGGUGCAGGCAAUGCUGGCAGGGGUUCCGGUGUGGGUGACCCUUCUGAAGCAGACGGGGGAGUGUCGUCCCCCCCCAGCAGCAGCGGGGGCGAGUGGGAGCAGUCCCCCGACCACCUGUUCAUGCGCCACCAGACCACCCCCUGCCGCCUGCAGGGCGCUCACGAGCACGCCCACGCCCAUGCGCACGGCCUGGCCCUGUCCCCCGCUGCUGCCCCUGGCAGCGCAGCAUCGCUGGUGUCAGAUGGGCCGGGGUCGGAGGCGGGCAGCUCGUGGGGUGAUGGCGAGCAGUGGGAGGCGCACCUGGCGCUGCAUGGUGGUGCGGGGCAGGGUGGCGGGGCGGACGGGGAUGCGGACGGGCAGUGGCAUGGCGGGCAGCAGCAGUAUGAGAGGCAGCUGUCCCCGCUGAAGCCGCGAGACGCAUCUCCACAGGCGAGCCUGCAGCAGGCCCUGCCUCCCCACCAGCAGGCCCUGCCUCCCCACCAGCAGGCCCUGCCUCCCCACCAGCAGGCCCUGCCUCCCCACCAGCAGGCAGCGUCGGCUCUGCACACACCUCCCCGCCGCACCCCCCUGCAGCAGCAGCAGCAGCAGGGACAGCAGGGGCAGGCGCAGGGUCGCACUGCCGCUCCAUCGCUCACCGCACCCUCUGCCAUCCCGCACACUCUCUCACCUGCCCGCUCGCCUGCUCAUGCCACCUCCCAUGCUCCUCGCCUCACUCCCCUGCAGCGACAGCAGCAGCAGCAGCUGCAGAAACUGCACCAGGCACAGACCGCCCCGGCAGCACAGGGGGGGUUCCGUAGCAUGAGUGUGGGCGCCGCACACCAAACCUCACAAUAUGCCUCCAAACCCUCUCAACCCGCCCUCCCCCCAGCCUCCCCCCAGCGCCCUAUUCCUGGCUUCUCCCCUCUGAUUGCCGCCCGCAAUUCCAUGUCUGCGCCAGCCGGGCAGAUGAAACACCGCAAGUCGGGCAGCUUCGACAAAGGUUCAGGGAAGCGGCGGGUUCCGGGCAGCCUGGGGAGGCUGAGGAUGAACAAGGAGAGGGGGUGGUGGGGUGGCGGCCCAGGGGUGGGGAGCGGUGCUGCGGCUCAUGGCAGUGGUGCUGCAGGUGGUACUGGUUCAGCUGCUGUUCCUGCUGCUGCUGCUGCUGUUGCUGGUGCCGGUGGUUCCAGUGGCGCCGGGGGUGGGAGGAGGCACGGGGGAGCAGCAGGGAGUGGGGGCAAGGCGUCGGUGGCAUCAGCGCUGAUCAGCCCCCGCAUCGUUGGAAAGUCCAUCUUCUCGCGCUCCGCCACCACUGCUGCCCCCUCCUCCUCCUCUUCUGCCCACUCCACCGACCCUGAUGCUGACUCCCACGGGCCCUCCAAAGGCAACUGGCGCCGUCUCGUGGGCAAGAGGGCAGGCAGCCCGCAGCACGGCAGGCGUGGCCACGGGGGCAGCAGCAGCAGCGGCAGCGGGCAUGGAGGGGUGGUCUCACGCGCCGCGCGCGCAGUGACGGUGUUCAAAGCCGGGCACAAGGGGGGCGUGGGGCACAAGUUGGGGUUCAAGGGGAUGGGGGCGGUGAGCCUGCCACUCAUGGGGGGAGGCGGGGGAAGCCAUGGGGUGAUGCAUGACGGCAUGAGUCUGUUGACUGCAGGCGAAGAGGCUGUAGCCCUGGCGUUAGCAGCGGCGGCGGCAGCGGCAGCGGCGGCAGCAGCGGCGGAAGUGCCGUGGGUGGCGAUGGUGGUGCCGGGGGAAGAGAGCGAGGGUAUGCUGCCGUCAUCCCUGCAUGGGGGGCUGUCGUCCCCACUGCCGUUCAAGGCGGGGAAUGAGUGGGCGAUGGAGGUGCGUGCACGCAUGCAGUGCGACGAGACCGCCAGUGGCAACUACGAGCUUUGGGACGAAGAGCUUUCUGCUCCUGCUGCUGCUGGUGCAGGAGGUGGGGAGGAAGGCGCACCAGCAGCAGGAGAUGCGACAGGGGCAGGUGCAGGAGCAGCGGCAGGAGCAGCAGCGGCAGCAGGAGCAGGGAAGGAAGGGGCAGCGGGAGCGGCGGAGGGGGGAAGGGGGGAGGAGCGGGUGGGGCUGCAGAACAUGCUGGUGCUGGACCUCUACCCCGACCUCUCCCCCCUCGUGCUCGGCGCCCGCAAGGCACCACCACGCCUACCUGCUGCUGCUACUAAUGCUGGUGGUGAUCCUGAGAACGAUGGUGGCGGUGGUGACAUUGAAGCGAAAUUUAUGGGGGAUGGGAGUGGCGGGGCGGUGCAGAAUGAAGGUGAGGGGAGCAGCAUGCAUGUGCAAGGUGGCGAGCAGGUGGAGGCAGGGGGGGGUGAUGGAGGGGCAGGUGCAAGUGGGAUCCAUGAGGAGGUUAGCAUCACUUUGCUGGGAAGCAGUCCUGCACAGGAGAGUCAAGGCUGCGGGCAGGUGAUAUCUGGGGAGACAACACCUGUGCUAGCUGGUGCAGGGAUGGAGCAGGAAGCUAGGUCUAGUUUGAAAGAGGUGGCUAUUUAUCAGCCCGUGCUUGUAUAG